GCAGCCUGCAGUCGCCAGACUCCCAACAUACAUACACACACACACACACACACACACGGAGACACGCGCUGUGUAUAUACACACAUACACACACACGCGCACGCACGGAUACUCUGCGCGCGCAGAGCGAGAGAGAGCGAGCGAGACAGACACCUAUGCGCGCGCACAGGUAAAGAGGACGCAAGUGCGUUUGUUGUUUUUUCUGAAGCCGCGCGCACGAGGAAACUCGCGGACGGGAUUUUCUCUGUUUUUCUGGGGUUUUUGGUGUUUUUUCUUUUUUUUCUAUUCUUCUUCUUCCUCCUCCUCUCAGCGCGUGAUGUGCGCAGCACCGAGCUCAAAGUAGUGGACGAGCAGAGAGAGAGAGAGAGAGAGGAGUACAAACAGAAGAAAAAGGAGAGGAAAACUACUUUCCCUCAUUUGGAUUAAUCGAAUAAUCGAACGGAGCAACGCGGGGGACGGCGGGGACACACCUGACACAACACCUGGAUGACUUAAUCAAGGUUUAUCAAAUGAUCCAGGCAUGGAGACCAAAAGAUACCAAAGUUUCUACGAAGGCACCGACACCGAGAACAGAUGGAGCCAGGUGCCAGGAUCUAUGGAGUACUGCUGCCCAGCAGAGGAGGAGGGUGGCUUGAUGAACAGUGAUGUCUUGAUGGACAUUGUGAACGUAAGCAGUGCGUCCAACCCCCCAGCACCAGUGCCCACGUGCAAGGACAGUGUUGCAACAAAGAAGUCAGAGGCACCGAUACUUCGGAUCGGUCCGAACCAGCCUCUCAGCUUUCCUUCAUUUAACAACAACAACAACUCCCUCCACCAUCGCAAGCCAGAAGGCGACUCUAAAGAGCUCUCCAAAACUGUGGCUGAGUCCAUGGGCAUCUACAUGAAUGCUGCCCGGGAAGCAGAGUUUGCUUACGGCCAGCAGGGUCCACCCGCCGGGUGCCAGGGCAGCCCUGGCAAACUGUACCCCAUGUGUGGCCGAGGGAUUGAGGACAAACAGUCCGGAACUGUUGGGAGCCCCAAUAUGAAAGCUCCACCAACACCAUUCCCAACCAUGCCUCAACUUCCCAACGGAAACCUUGGGGAGUGUGUUGUAGGCACAGCGUCAACACCUUCUGCCCUGGUCUCGGCUCUGUCCAGCCCUAUCGAAAACUCCAGCACCAUCUCCAGCCCUACUGGAAACAACAUGGUGACUUCCACCACCAGUCCCACCUACUUUGGCGCCAGCUGCCCUUCUAUCGGCAGCCCAUCAAGCUUGGGGCCAGUUGGUUCAAGCCUAGCUCCAGGCCACCGUCCGAGCUCCAGCACCUGCAGCCCGGUGCAGUCCAGCACAGUUGGGUCUCCACCACUGGCGAGUCCCUUAAACGUGAUGAAGUCGCCCAUCUCGAGCCCGCAGAGCAUGGGAAGCGUGAGGACGCCACCAUCCUGCAGCACCAACAUAAGAUCGUCCGUGUCCAGCCCUACGGGAAGCGGGGGCAAAGUAAGGCCAUCCAUUUCUAGUCCGCCCACCGUGGGUUCCAUGACCAUGUCCAGUCCCAGGAACCCUUCUAGGAGCUUCUCCGUCUCAAGCCCUCCCAGCGGUCUGGGUUUGGUGCAAAACGACAUCCACAGCCCGGAGGUUCGAGAGCCAGACUUUAAAGGGUUUGAGUUCCCCAAAGUGGAGAGCAUUGAUGGGGAGAUCUUUAACGUAGGUCUGGACUCAAUGGGGAUGGUCAAGUACAUCAAGAACGAGCCGGACACUGAUUACAAGAGCAUGUGUUUGGGCAGCAGUAAGGCUAACUUGUCCCAUUCGCCGUUUGUGGCUCAGAUUAAAACUGAACCCAAUCAGGACAUGACUUGCGGAAGUGCGCACUAUGGCGAAACGCAGCACUCCAUGGGGCUCUUCCCGGGAUCAGAGACCACAUACUUGUCCUUGCGGGAUAAUUUUGAUGAAUACAGCCUCUCGGGGAUCCUGGGACCUCCCGCUUCUUCUCUUAAUGGCAACUACGAGCCUGGCAUGUUUCCUAACAAUGACCUGCCCAAGGGGAUUAAACAGGAGACCAAUGAUGGCAGCUAUUACCAAGAGAAUAAUAACGUGCCCGCUUCGGCUAUUGUCGGCGUUAAUUCAGGUGGACAUUCAUUUCAUUACCAGAUUGGAGCGCAAGGAACAAUGUCGUUUUCACGGCACGACGUGCGGGACCAGACGAACCCCUUGUUGAAUCUAAUCUCUCCGGUUACGGCGCUAAUGGAGACGUGGAAAACACGCCCAGGCCUGUCGCAGUGCCCCCUGUCCGCACGAGCAGACGGCUACACGGGCCCUGGCGGCUUUUCAGACAACAUGGCAAGUGCGUCUCUGAGGCACUCGUCCUCCACGGCGAAGGUGUGUCUGGUGUGCGGGGACGAGGCGUCCGGCUGCCACUACGGCGUGGUCACCUGCGGCAGCUGCAAGGUCUUCUUCAAGAGAGCGGUGGAAGGUCAGCACAACUACCUGUGCGCUGGGAGGAACGACUGUAUCAUUGACAAAAUCCGACGGAAAAACUGCCCGGCCUGCCGAGUACGGAAGUGUCUCCAGGCGGGGAUGAAUCUGGGAGCACGUAAAUCGAAGAAGUUGGGGAAGCUGAAGAGUGUGAGCGAGGACUCGGUACAGGGCUCCAAAGACUCCGCCCCGUUCCUCACCUCAGAGAAGGAGCUGACCUCCAGCAUGGCUCUGGUUCCUCACGGCUCUGCGGUGACUCCGUACCUGUCGCCGUCCGUCUGCAGCAUCCUGGAGCUCAUCGAGCCCGAGGUGGUGUUCGCCGGCUACGACAACACGCAGCCCGACACAACCGACCACCUGCUGACCAGCCUCAACAAACUCGCCGGCAAACAGAUGAUCCGCGUGGUCAAGUGGGCCAAAGUACUUCCAGGUUUCCGCUCUUUGCCCAUUGAGGAUCAGAUCACGCUGAUCCAGUACUCCUGGAUGUGUCUGUCCUCCUUCUCCCUCAGCUGGAGAUCCUACAAACACACCAACGCUCAGAUGCUCUACUUCGCCCCGGACCUCGUCUUUAACGAGGAGCGCAUGCAGCAGUCGGCGAUGUAUGAGCUGUGUGUGAGUAUGAAGCAGGUCAGUCAGGAGUUCGUCCGGCUGCAGCUCACCUACGAGGAGUUCCUCGCCAUGAAGGUUCUGCUGCUCCUCAGCACAGUGCCCAAAGACGGUCUGAAGAACCACGCGGCGUUCGAGGAGAUGAGGGUGAACUACAUUAAGGAGCUGAGGCGUUCGGUGGGCAAGGCCACCAACAACUCAGGCCAAACUUGGCAGCGUUUCUUCCAGCUCACCAAGCUACUGGACGCCAUGCACGAUCUGGUGGGGAACCUGCUGGACUUCUGCUUCUACACCUUCCGCGAGUCCCAGGCUCUGAAGGUGGAGUUCCCCGAGAUGCUGGUGGAGAUCAUCAGCGACCAGAUACCAAAGGUGGAGUCGGGCCUGACGCACAUCAUUUACUUUCACAAGAAGUGACUGGCAGCGGAUGAGCAGAAGAAGACAGGAAACUGGGGGUGAAUGGAAGAAAGAAAGAAAGAAAGAAAGAGGGGUAAAAGAGAAGAUGCGAGGACACCAAGCUCUCGGAAAAAAAGAGAGAGAGCGGGAAAAGGUAGAGCCAGAGAAAGAAAGAGAGAGAUAAAGAGAGAGAAGAGCCCAGGACGGCCAGCUCGCCCGCUAUGCACACAGUUAGAGGGAUUAAUGCUAUUGUAAAGCUCAGCUCGCACCGCCGGACAGAGAAAAGAAAGAGAAAAAGAGAGCGAAAAAGAGAAAGAGAGAGAAAGAAAGAGAGAAAGAGCAGAGGGUAGCAUUGUCCGUAGCCAGCCUGCCGAGGAGGACUUCAGCCCGCAGCUCCUCGCCCCCCAAAGACAAUGCUGACUAUGUUCCUACUAUGGAUAUGAAGCCAUAUGUUUCUUUGGUAAAGCUAUAGUGCACAUGUACAAGUGUAUAAAUAAUGCUAAAGUACACACACACACACACACACACGUGUACACACACACACACACACACACACACACACUGAAACAAAGAAAGAGAUAGACACGGUAAUGUCCUUGCCUCUGAAUACCUAAAUACAAUCUGCAUUUAAUUACCGAGGCAUUUCUGUUUCUAUUUAACCGAUCCGGACACAACACGUCCACGUUCUUUCAGAGUACAGAAAAAAGAGAGAGAGAGAGAGAGAAAAAUGCAAUUAAAAGAAGAAGAAAAAAAAAAAACAAAUCAGAAACGACGUCUUGUUUAUAUUGUAUGUCUGUAGCAAUCAUACUACUUUCAUUACCGGAGGAUUUUUGGGGGACAAAAGCCGAGGCACGAGAGGACGUUUUUCCAAGGGCUACACUACCUAAAAAAAACCUGAAUAGUGUGUCUAAUUGGUUUGUAUAAAAAAAAAAACCGCAAAGCAAACUAUUCGCACUAUUUCUUACUAUCGUUUCAAAGGAAGAACAAUCAAACCCAGCGCUGAUAUGCAAAACAUCCAACACGCUCUUAUUUCACAAAAAAAAAAUGGGACGCUUUUGUAGUCAGCGAUCGUCGUGAGCCGUAAGCGGGAUGCGGUCGGUGGUGUGAGAGAGAUGCUUUGGGUCCCUUUUCCAGUUUUCCAGUUUAAAUGAUUUAAAUGGAGGGUUUUAUGAAAAGGUAUGUGCGGUGUGGAUGUUAUCAGACAAUAGUUUGGGGCAAAAAAUAAGCAAAUUAUUCUUUUAGAAAAUAAGCUCAAGAGAAAAGAAUCGAAGGGCAUGAUAAAAAAAAAAAUAUAUAUAUAUAUAUAUAUAUAUAUAUAUAUAUAUAUAUAUAUAUAUAUUCGAGUUCAUGCAAGAUCAUCUCAAUGACCUUUUAAGGUCUUGACUGUUUGCUCACAGUGAUAAAUGGAACUCAAAUUGUUUUAAAUUGUUGUUUUUACCACUUUUUUAAAAAGUAGAGCUGCACAAUAUGGAUUAAACAUGACCAUUGUGGUUAUAUACAGAUGCAU